GUCAAUUAUAAGGCAGAUAUUUUUAUGAUUAAUAUUAGAUGCAAUAAAUGGUUGGUCUCAAAAGCAUUUUUCACGCGUUAGAUCUGUGGUCUCUGCAUUCCAAGAGAAGCUGAAGCUGAAGCUCUCCCUGUGCAAGUGUCAACUUGGAUCGAACAGAGCUCAUCCAAGCAAUUAGAUAGGCAAACGAUCGAGAUGGAAUCGGCGGUCGAGUCGCUUGUUUCCAAGGUGCUUGGGACUUUGUUCAACAUGGCAAAGGAGGAGCUAGCAAUGCAGUUAAGGUUGGAAGACGAUGUGAAGACACUUCAGGUCACCCUUGUACGUAUCCAGAGCUAUCUCCAAGACUUUGAGAAGAAAAACAUCAAGGAAGUUGCCAUGAAACAAUGGCUUUACCAAAUCAACCAGGACAUCUACGACAUCGAGGACCUGCUCGACGAAUACGUUGCCCUCAAAGACAAUAAUAGUGAAAGCACGAGCAACGAGGAGGACAAGUCGAGUUCUUCUUCGUCUACAAAGGUACGCUGCUGUUUCCCUGUCAAGUGUUCCUGCUUCAAGAAGGUUGCAUCCAAUCAUCGGAUUGGUGUCGAGCUUCAACGGCUUAAUAAACAAUUGAAUGACGAUAUCAAAGGGCAAAUACCCGAAUUAUCGCUUUUGCCUAACUUUGAACCUACUGGUCCGGUGGAGAGCCAAAUAACAUCGAUUCCUGCAGUGGUCAGUUCAGAUAUAGUGGGCAAUAGAAUACAAGAAGAUGCUCGGCGCUUAAUCGAGUUGUUGACCAAAGUGGAUGACAGGGACAACCCUCUUGUAUAUGCCAUCGUUGGAAUGCGAGGGAUUGGCAAAACCACCUUGGCCAAAUUAGUACUUAAUGAUCACAUAAUCGCAAGCCGCUUUCAGGUAAAGCUGUGGGUCUCUGUAUCUCAGAAUUACAAUGAAAAUGAUAUAUUGAGAAACAUCAUAGCAUCUGCUGCCGGAGAUGGUGAGCGUUAUCACAAAUUUGACUCGCUCAGUAAGAAGGUUAUCGAUGUCGUGAAAGACAGAAGGGUAUUUAUGGUGUUGGAUGAUGUGUGGGAGACGAAGAGAGUUUGGAAUGACACGUUGAGAAUCUUGCUAAAGAGGGAGGUUGCAGAAGGAAGCAGGGUGCUCGUCACCACAACAAACGAAGAGGUUGCACAUAAAAUGAAGGCAGUCCACUUCCAAAAAGUGCAGAAAUUGCCUCUGGAAGAUGGAUGGUCGCUGCUCUGCAAGUCAGCUUUUCAUGCUUCGGAGCAGCAGCAAGCAAAGGAUGACGAAUGGAACCUCAAAGAUAUCGGCAUAGAACUUGUCAAUAAAUGUGACGGACUACCACUAGCGAUCAAUGCAAUAGGAGGGAUGUUGUCCAGCCAGAGCAAAACAAGAGAAUCAUGGGAGUUUAUUCUCAAGAGCAGCUCGUGGGAGGUGAAAGGGCUUCCUGAUGAAAUCAACUCUGCUUUAUACAUAAGUUACCAAGACCUGCCUAUGGAUAUCAAGCGAUGUUUCUUGUAUUGUUCUUUGUUUCCUAAAGGCAGAUAUUUUAAGAUUAUGAAUGCAAAAAACCUUUGGAUUCAGGAGGGGCUCAUCAAUGAUGAAAAGAAUAUAUCAUCGCAUGAUGUUGCAGAGAGUUAUUUCAAAAUUCUAGUACAGAGGAACCUCGUGAUACUUGAUCGAAUAUAUAUGGAAGCAACCUAUUUUAAGAUGCAUGACCUUUUCUACUCACUCUCUCAGUUUCUAACUCAAAACGAGAAUCUUGUCGCUAUAGAAGAAAAAGAAAUUUUAAAUUAUGGAUGCAAUGGAAAGAUGAAGAAGCUACGACGACUUUCUUUUAUGGGCAAUGCCGACAAAGCGACUGACAUCCGCUGCAAAUCUCUACAAGAACAUGUGUCGUUGAGGACCCUUUUGAUCUUCAAUAGAACCAUUUGUAAUAUUGAUAAUGCCCUCUUCAAUCAUCUUCGUUAUCUUCGGACACUAUGGCUCCAAGGAACUAAAGUUACAGAGUUGCCUGAAUCUCUAGGUUCCCUCAAGCUGCUAAGGUACCUAAACCUAUCGCAGACUCCAAUAAAGGAGUUGCCCAUAACAAUCCAAAACCUCAAUGCUUUGAGGAUUCUUGAUGUUUCUGAGUGUGAAAACCUCCGUAAUCUUCCUUCAUGCAUUAUGAAGUUGCAUCAUCUAUGUUCUCUUACAACUAAAGGUUCUGCAUUGGAUCAUCUACCUCAUGGAGUGGGAAAUUUGAACAAACUACAACUUCUUGAAUUCAUUGUGCCUCCAGAUCAGGAUACUGCACGGGAAUCAUCAACUGUUAAGGAGCUGGAGACAAUCACGGAACUAAGGCGAUUAGAUUUGUUCAAGUUGGAGAGGGUGUUGGACAGGUCAGAAGCAAAAAGAGCUGCCCUCAAAGACAAACAACACCUCAUAGAACUCGAAUUGAGUUGCUCAGAGAGAGAUUCUAAUGAAGAAGUUUGUAGAGAAGAUUUAGACAGAAUUGAAGAGGUCUUUGAGGAUCUCCGCCCUCCAAUCAAACUAAAAUUUCUUAAAAUUACCAACUAUUUUGGACGCAAGCUACCAAGUUGGCUGGGAUCUCCGCUAUUAAACUUUCCUCCAAUAACUGUACGAGUUUUGAAAAUAAUUCGUUGUAGCAAUUGCGAACAACUUGAUGGAUUAGGAUUGUUGCCUUUCUUGGAAGAACUUUAUAUCGACGGUGCAUCAUCAAUAAAAAGCAUUGGCCCAGAAUUCUAUACAAAUAACAAUGGAAACAACAUAGAAAAUGGUGCAUAUCCAAAGUCUUUCUUUCCAAGAAUGAAGCUACUGAGCUUUGAAAAUAUGGAUAGCUGGGAAGAGUGGAGUAAUUUGGGCGAACAGAUACUUGUGAUGCCUCGUUUGGAGUUUUUACAAAUUUAUGCAUGCCCAAAGCUCAAGUCAUUUCCCUUCCUAUCUGAUGUAGCUAACUCUUUGAAGAGAAUAAGAAUAUGUAAGGCUAACCAACUCCUCCUAAAAGAGGUGCACAACCUCCCUCAUCUAGAAAUCAUUGACAUUGGAAACAUCUCUUACCUGGAGAGGAUAUCGGGACUUCCGGCACUUCAAGGACUUAAGAUAGAAGACUGUCCAAGAAUUAACUUGGUGGAGCUUACAGGUACCUUGCAAGGUAUCGAUUGGAAAGACUUCAAUGCCGACUCACUUCCAAGGUGGUUUUCUACACAAAACAUAGAAGCCACUUACGUCCGAAUAAGUUGCAAAGAGGAAUUGAUGAGGAAGAUAUGCUUCAACGAAGGAAAUGGAGUUCAUGAAUGGUCUAAAAUCCAACACUUUGAGAACAUCACUAUCUGGGACGAGAACGAAUGUUUAAGGCUCACCUACACCAAAACGCCUUGUAGAUUCACUCAGCAUUUUGGCCAACUUAAAAUGAAAGACUUCUUAGAUACUUUCAGGAUGCAGACAAACAAUCCUCAAACAGAAGGAGAGAAUGGCAAUGAAUCUUUUUCUGGAAACUUUGAAUCAUGGUUGAUCUCCUUAAACAAUUCACUGUGUAAUUUUGAAUCGUGUGGCGAAGUGAAGCCGCCCCUUAUUCCUGUUUUAUACGGAAGGUCUUCUCAUACAGUUGGCGAGAAUGAAAAUGAAUCUUGUUCUCAUGCAGUCUCUGAUUCAAGUUUGAGCUACCCCCUUUGGAGUGUUUUCUUGUUUGUUUUGUUGGUGCUCAUUACAAUAACAUGGGAGACCUGACAUUAUCUGCUGAGGGAUUCUUAUUUCCUUCUUUGCUUGCUUUUCAUACUUUUGAGGAAUAUUCAUAUAUGAAGUCGUGAUGAGAGUUGCACGGGUGGAUACACGGUGAAGGCGCAGGGCGUGGGAUUGAGAUGAGCAGGGCGCAGGGUACGGGUUGAUGCACAGGACGCGGAAGCGAGGCACAAGGGGUGCUCGGGACGCAGUGCGACAGGAGAAGAUCUGUCGGAAGGUGGAGCUAGAGCUUGUGAAGCAGGAAACUCAAGAAGGUGGUGGAGUAGUUCUUGAGGUGUUGUAAACCGUCCGGUGGAUGCAAUUGGUGGGGAAGACCGGUCGGGCUGUUCUUUGUGAACAACAUAUAUUUUUUGUUCUGUAAUUCUAGGACCAAGGUGGAGAUUGUUGAAUAUUGGUCUUAGAUUUAUGAUUGUAUUUUGUUUAGGUUUCUUGUAUGGCUUGUAUAGCCAAUAGUGUAACUUUUGGUGUUGCUAUUUUGUGCUUAUAAAUAGGAACUUUAGGUACUUGUAAUAGGAUAUGGUUAAGACUUAAGCAAUAAGAAAAUCUGAUUUGCUACU